AUGUAUCCACAGUGGUUAGCAAAUCUUGUACUAGUGAAAAAAGCCAAUGGCAAGUAUAGGAUGCAUAUAGAUUUUAUUGACCUGAAUCAGGCAUGCCACAAGGAUUGUUACCUUCUCCCCGAUAUUAAUAUAAUGGUCGAUUCUAUGACCAGUUUCAAGUAUAUGUCAUCUCUAGAUGCAAUGUCUGGAGCAACAUAUCAAAGGCUAAUGAAUAAAAUCUUCAAGGGGCAAAUAGGGAGAAAUAUGGAAGUAUAUGUAAAUGAUAUGGUGGCAAAAAUUCAGACUUUUCAGCAACACUUGGCGGACCUGAAAGAAGUAUUUGGGGUGCUGGAGUAG